AUUGUGCGAAAUGCACAAAUUGGUCCUGAAUGGGGAACAGAGGAGCGUGGAGGACCAUUCCCAUUCAAGCGGGACACCUUCUUCGAUCUUCAGUUCUGGAAUACACGUAGUUAUAUCGAGGUACUUUACGAUGGAGAACUUAUUUGCAAAUUCAAGCAUCGAACGCACAAUUCAGUGUACGAUUAUGGGAUACUCACUAUUGCUGGCGCUCUCCAGCUAGACGCAGUCGAAUUUGACAGUUGA